GUGGGAGGGCAGUGGGAUGCAGGGCGGGAGCUCGCUGCUGCGCAGCCGGGCGGGAGCGGCCACGCUAGAGGGCAGAGUGGGACCGAAGGAGGUAAUGGUCGGCGAGUGGGUCUACUCCAGCACUGACGGCCACGGCGUGUACAAGAUCUCCACCUCCGCCGACGGCGUCCCAGGAGAGCUGCGCUUCACCGAGGACUUCGGCGAGGGCGCCGUCAGCGCAAAGCUGCACCUGCGCGACAAGGAGGCCACGGGGGAGCUGAUCGACUCCGACGGGCAGAUCUGCGGCCACAUCUCCGUGCGAGUUCUCGGGCGCGACAAGCUGGCCUCCAAGUUCAAAGAGCCGGGCGCGGACAGUUCGCUCCCCGACACGAUCUCCUAUCGGAAGGGCUCGAAGGCCGCGGAGGAGAACCUCGUCGACAGCGAGGACGAGCUCGCCGACCUGGAGGGCGAGGAGGAGGAGGCCGAGGGCGACUUCGAGGAGGAUCCCCUGGGCUAG